UAACAAAAUUCAUCAUCGGCGUGAACUUUAUUAUUCGAUAGAUAAUAUAUAGUGAGGGAAGUUUACUCGGGGGGAAAAAAAGAGAGAAAAAAAAGAAAAAGAAAAAAGUAAAGGAAAAGAAAAACAAAAAUUUUCGUUACAUAUCGAUUUUGUUAACCAACAACGCAUUAAUUAUUAAUAAUGGUUUUGUUAGGCGAAACAUUCCCUAAUUUUACAGCCGAUACGCAAAAUGGUACAAUUAAUUUUUACGAUUGGCUUGGAGAUUCCUGGGCUAUAUUGUUCUCACAUCCGAGCGAUUUCACGCCUGUCUGUACCACCGAAUUGGCACGAGUUGUAAAAUUAAUGCCUGAAUUUCAAAGAAUGGGCGUAAAAGUUAUUGCAUUGUCAUGUAAUUCUGUGGAUUCUCAUCGCAAAUGGAUCGAGGACAUUAAGAGUUAUGGAGAAAUAACCGAUGAGGAAUUUCCAUAUCCGAUAAUAGAAGAUGAGUCUCGCAAAUUAGCAACAAUGCUUGGUAUGUUAGAUCCUGCAGAGAUAGAUAGCCAAGGUUUACCUUUGUCAGCACGAGCAGUAUUCAUUAUAGAUCCAGCCAAGAAAAUGCGUCUAUCGAUUUUAUAUCCUGCGACCACUGGUAGAAAUUUUGAUGAAAUAUUACGUGUCAUCGAAUCACUUCUCUUGACUGAAAAAUUCAAAGUUGCAACUCCUGUAGAUUGGAAGAAAGGAGAAGAAGUUAUGAUUCAACCAUUUGUCACAGAAAACGAAGCGAAAACAUUAUUUGCGUCAGUUAAGACUGUUGUUCUUCCAUCCGGAAAACCGUAUUUGCGGAUUGUGUCGCAACCUACAUAAAAAGUGGGAUAAAAGACGUAAAAAACAUCAAUACGAAUAAUGACUUUAAAUUAAUUAUUGCAUAUAUACUUUGAUACAAUGUACACGAUACAAAAUACAGAGUAAUAAUGUUAACAUUUUCAA